UAAAGAGAUUCAAGAGCUGUCAUUUCAUCCAGAAAAAAACAACGGUUUGGCAUGGUUUGUGGACCGGUAAAAUCAUCGAUUCAUAUUUCUUCAAAAAUGAUUCCGGUGAGAGCGUAACCAACAAUGGCGACCGUUAUCGCGCCAUGAUAACCGACUAUUUGAUGUCUGAAAUUGGAGCUCGUGAUUUCGCCGCCAUUUGGUCUCAACAAAAAGGCGCCUGUUCCUAUUGGACUCAAUGGAUGGACCAUCAGAGACGUAGUUGCGGCCAACAUUUGAAAGAGUUAAUUUUCAAAAAAUAAAAGCCAAAGAAUGUUCUUUGGAAUGAAAAUAAACAUUCCCCUUUAAAGUUGAAGUUUCGGUGUUCUUUCUUUAAAAAAAAAAAAGUAGGGAACCUCGAAAUGAAUCGCCCUUAUAUGCUUUGCAGUUUUCUCUUCAUCCACAAAAAUUGGCGAACAGAUUUCACAGAAACUGUCAACAAAUUUGUGAGUAAACCUCAGCUGAAACCAUCGGCUCGAACUUGCUCGCACGAUUUUAGUAUUGCGAUGGAUAUCUUACGAUCAAGAACGAAUUAACUUAAACAAACAAAUAAUUAAAAUAAUUUUUGUGUAAAAUUUAGAAAAUACUUAAAAAAAAAUAAAAUGAUCAGAAACAGUGUGGACAUGAUUCGAAGGUGUUGUUCUUACGGUUCGGAGCUCGAGAAUAGUAGCCAAGGAGAAAAAGAAAAAGAGGACUUCAAUGAACAGAAAAUUAAUGAGGAGUUAGAGAGACACUAUGUAGAAUUGAACAAUGCUAAAAAGUUACUUUUGCUAGGUACUGGCGAGGCCGGCAAAUCCACCUUCUUCAAACAAAUGCAUAUCAAUUACGGCGGAGGUUUUUCAACUGCCGCUCGUCUGGAAUAUAAGCGAGUCAUACAUCAGAAUAUUCUGACAGCGAUGCAGUCGAUGCUGAAUGCCAUGAAUGUGUUGCGAAUAUCAUACGAUAAAAUAGAAAAUGCGCUGAUGGCAAAUAGCAUUUUGAUCGCCAAUGUUGACGGCGUAACAGAAUUGGAUGAGAUGAUUUUGUCAGCCAUAAAAUGUCUGUGGGCCGAUACAGGAGUACAACAAUGCUAUGAACGACGAAGAGAAUAUCAAAUAAUUGAUUCGGCGAAAUAUUUCCUUGACAUGUUGGAUCGUGUCACACGGCCCGGUUACAUACCCACAGAUGAUCACAUAUUGCGUUCACGUGUUGUUACGACUGAAAUAGUGGAGCACGUUUUCGAUACACAGCAAAACAAAACGAGACGUACUAGUAAAAAACGACAAUUACUUCGAGUAAUAGAUGUCGGUGGACAACGAUCUGAACGACGAAAAUGGCUACAGUGUUUCGAUGAAGUGACAGCUCUCAUAUUUCUAGCAUCGCUCUCAGAAUACGAUCAGACAUUAAGCGAGGAAGAAGGUUUGAACCGCAUGGAGGAAUCCAAGUGUCUAUUUCGUAUCAUUUUAUCAACGAGCUAUUUUCGUAAGUCUUCGAUUAUUCUAUUUUUAAAUAAACAAGAUUUACUGGAAGAGAAAAUAAUGACCUCACACUUAGUGGACUACUAUCCGGAGUAUGAAGGUCCCAAACAAAAUGCGGACAGUGCAAAAUAUUUCAUACGCCAAAUGUUUGAGGCAAUGGUGGAUAAAGACCGUAAAAUUUAUACACAUUAUACAUGCGCCACGGGUACUGGCGAGGCCGGCAAAUCCACCUUCUUCAAACAAAUGCAUAUCAAUUACGGCGGAGGUUUUUCAACUGCCGCUCGUCUGGAAUAUAAGCGAGUCAUACAUCAGAAUAUUCUGACAGCGAUGCAGUCGAUGCUGAAUGCCAUGAAUGUGUUGAGAAUAUCAUACGAUAAAAUAGAAAAUGCGCUGAUGGCAAAUAGCAUUUUGAUCGCCAAUGUUGAAGCCGUAACAGAAAUGGAUGAUAUGACUUUGUCAGCCAUAAAAUGUCUGUGGGCCGAUACGGGGGUACAACAAUGCUAUGAACGACGAAGGGAAUAUCAGAUAAUUGAUUCGGCGAAAUAUUUCCUUGACAUGUUGGAUCGUGUCACACGGCCCGAUUACAUACCCACAGAUGAUCACAUAUUGCGUUCACGUGUUGUUACGACUGAAAUAGUGGAGCACGUUUUCGAUACACAGCAAAACAAAACGAAACGUACUAGUAACAAACGGCCGCUACUACGAGUAAUAGAUGUCGGUGGACAACGAUCUGAACGACGAAAAUGGUUGCAGUGUUUCGAUGAAGUGACAGCUCUCAUAUUUCUAGCAUCGCUCUCAGAAUACGAUCAGACAUUAAGCGAGGCCAAAGGUUUGAGCCGUAUGGAGGAAUCCAAGAGCCUCUUUCGUGCCAUUUUAUCAACGAGCUAUUUUCGUAAGUCUUCGAUUAUUCUAUUUUUAAAUAAACAAGAUUUACUGGAAGAGAAAAUAAAGACCUCGCACUUAGUGGACUACUACCCGGAGUAUGAAGGUCCCAAACAAGAUGCGGACAGUGCAAAAUAUUUCAUACGCCAGAUGUUUGAGGCAAUGGUGGAUAAAGACCGUAAAAUUUAUACACACUUUACAUGCGCCACAGAUACGAGAAACUUUCGCGUCGUAUUUCUGGCGGUGCAGGAUACAAUAAUGAGCCAUUACCUUGAAGCAAUAGGCAUCAAUUAAGCUGCGGCCUUUAUGUCUAAGCGAAAAAGUCUGUAGAAAAAUUUGUAAUUUUAAAUUUUCCAUUAUUUAU